GGAGGAAGGUGGAUGGAGCUGAAGUGUGUGUCCGACGCUGCGGACCCGGAGGCCGAGCUGUGGGCUUCCGGGCCAGGGGGCCAGCAACCCUGAAAGACGAGGCGAGGGGGGCACCCGUGUUCUCGCCCGCUGACUUUCCCGCACCGAUGGCAGCUGUGCGUCGGGCCGCGUCUCGCCCGAACAUGGGAGACCGCAGCAGGCGCAGGCCCCUCUGGGAGCAGCAGGAGCCGCCAGCCUGCCCCUGCGCCGUUCCGGAGGCCCUCCGACGGAAAGGCUGAGCUGAAGCAGCAACCCUUCCCUCUGGGCGGGGCCCGGACCCAGCUCCGGUCCGGGGCCAGGCGCCUACAGAAUGGCGCUGGCCUCCGCCUCUGAGAUAGAUGCCCAAGUGUCCCCGUGAGCUCGGUGACCAGUCGGUCAGCCUCGGGAGGAAUCCCUGAGAACUGCACGCCCUCUGACGGCCUGCACCCGAGCCGUCUGGGAGAGGGCGCGACGGAGGCGGCGGCUGGGGAGGAGAGGCCCUUUGCGAGCAAGGCGAGGAUGCCUCCAGGUGCCUCUGGGCUCUCAGGUGUGUCGUGGAGGAAGGGGGCUGCCCAUGGGAAGGCUGGGACCCUCCCGGGCCUGGGGUGAGGGGCAGCUGCUCCGAUGAGGCAGUUCCCGUCUUCUGCCCAUCAGCCCGGCCUCCCGCUGCAGCUGCAACUGGACAGGCUACAAUUGGAAGGGUUUUUUUCCCCCAAAAUGAAAAUAUGAUGAAAGUGAGGAGUCCGGUUAUCUCAGGGGCCUUUGGGAUUUACUUGUUCAGAGUGGAAACAUUGUAUCAGUGCACCCCAGCUCGGGCCCCGCUGGCUCCCCAACAGGACAGAACGGGGAGGGCUGAGCUGCCAGGAAUCUCAGAAGGUCUUCUGUCUGCACUGGAGCAGCUGCAGUCUGCACCGGCACCUGUACGGUUCCUCCCACGGCAACGGGGUUAGAGUUCCAAGUCCAGCCGACUGCUUCUGAAUUCAGGAGGCCGAGGAGACCCACGGGCCCCAGAUCUGUCCGCACAGGCGGGAGGCCAGGCCGCCGCCCCCCGUGGCCGUGCAGAGGAGGGAGAACCCCGGGGGUCCUCACACGCCGGCUGCCUCUCGCGCCGACACAGGCGAGCCCGUGAAGCGCGGCCGUGAGAGGAUUUCACAGUCAAAAGGGCUGCUCUGCCGGCGUGUUUUAAACAGGAAAACAGGGACGCUAACCGGACACCGUCUCACCUCCAUCCGGCGCCUCUGCCUCUGACCCAAACCCUGGCUCCAUCUGGGUCGGGGGUCGGGGGGCACACAACCAGCACCCUUAGCGCAGAGACAGACGUGGCCAGUGACCAUGUAUGUUAUGCGUGUUUGUACGUACACACAUCUGUCUGUCUUUUAAUUUAAAUUGAAAAAAUAGGAGAGAACCGUCAACUCCCAAACCAGUCUGUGAAUCUCAAACCCUGGACCAGCCAGGUCUGAAGGGCACAGCCAGCUCCGUAAGAGCCGGCACAGAACCGGGACCGGACAAGUCAAAUGCCGAGUGUCACCCAGGGGUGGUGCAGGGCUGCCCGCCCCACCCCAGGCCACCCCCCCCGCCCCGUUUUGGGUGGCGCUGUGCUGGACACAGUUUACGUUACAGCCUCAGCAGGGGUUGAGCAUUAAAAAGGGCAUCAGGAGAAACGUCACCGUUGCGUUACUCAGGGAGAGAACGGAGGACGUGACCAGUGCCUGGGACGGAGUGGCGGCAGCAUCACCGGCAGCGCGAGCAGGUAGCUGGGGAACCCCGCCACUUGCUGGACACUUCCAUGCGGGGAAGCCUGCACUCGCGGUGAAUCACAACGUGCCAUCAGGGGACGGUGACAGAAUGGGGUGCCACACAGGGAGACUGUGAGUACCACGUGAACACGGGGGGACACGACUCCCCGCUCUGCUCGGGGACGUCCUCCGCAAGCCCAGGAGCAAGCUACACAGGAGCGCAGCUGGUGGGGGCGCGGCUGCAGCAGAGGCCGAGGGCAGGGGCAGCGAGCGCUCAGCUGUGCGUGCUUUGCAGCGGCAAGGCGGCGUCUCCGAGGGAUGUGCACGGGGCAGGGGCACGGAGACCGCGCGGCCUGCUGGGCGGGCGUCAGCUGGCAGCCGGCGGGUCCCCUGGGCGUGGAACAGCAGCCAGGGUGGGGACAGAAUCUGCUGGCUCAGCCGCCAGUUGGCGGCCGGGGGAGGGACCGAGCGCCUGGGACCCGCGGCUGGAGCCUCAUCGGCCCAGGACGGGCCGCGUCCUCUGGGCAGAGGACGCUGGCGUUAGCAACUACAGUGAAACUCUGCGCGCCGCUCGGUGCACGCCUAGCACUGGUCACAGGACUAAGUCGUGGCCGAGGGUUAAGGACGGAGGAGCAGGUGCACCUGCGUCUUAAACAGGCCUGUGUCCCGCAGGUUCGCUCACGCCACUCGUGGGACCUGCUGUCGCGGUCGAACCUAUCUGCCGAGUCGGGCUCUCCGCGAGGAGUCGGCCCCACCUGGGCGCCCAGCGUCCCUGCGAGCACCCGCGCCGAGCCCCGGACCCCUGACUGCGAACUCGGGGACCCGUCGGAUUCCCAAGGGUCCCGAAGCGGGCCGCCCUCCACUGACCCGGAAGCGCUCGAGAUCGCUCCACCCCCCUCUGCGGGGACGGGGAGCCCGGGCCCGGCUCGGGGUCUGCCCGCUUCUCGAGCAGACGGGCUGCGACGCGCCAAGCCUGCCUGGGGGUCCGCGCACCGCCGCGUCCACCCGGGCCGCCCCACCCACGGAACCGGGCGUUCCUGCCGGCCACGCUCGGGCGAGUCCUCCCCGGCCGGUGCCUCGGGGCUGCGCGGAGCCCCGGCGCCAGGCCCCCGCCCCCGCCCAGUGCCCUCUGGGCUCACACAAAUGACGGAAGGGACGCAGGGGCCUUCGCCUCGGGCUCAAUCUAGCUGCCGCAUUCCCAGCGCGAAGUCCCCCCACAAAGACGCCGCCACGGCAACUAUCUAG